GUCAGUACAUCAGCCAACUAUUCCAUCACUCGUUUCAAGUCUUUCAAGACCUCAAGAAAAAUGGAGAUUACUAAACCUUCAAAAAUUAUCCUUGGGUUCAAGUUACUGUUUCUCCUUUGUCAAGUUUCUCCCGUUUUUGGGUCUUGUCGAAACUUGGGAUUCAUGGCCAUCAUCAAAAACAAAGCAUUAACCAAUCACACAAUCCGUUCCAUUCAGCCAAUCACCGACGCUAGACUAUGUCGUGCCAAAUGCUUCUUAGAAUCGCGGUGCUUUGGAAUUAACUUUUGUGUUGAUCAAGACAACACCGCUACAUGUGAGCUGACCGACUCAGACCACAUUCGAAGUGAAAGAGACUUGGUGAACAAAACUGGAUGUACUUUCUAUGGAACAGAGACCAGCUGUUCCAGUAACCCGUGUCCAAGUAACGCCACGUGUGAAGGAGAUUUCCUACAAGAUACCCAACCGUACAAAUGUGUCUGUCCCGCAGGAUAUACUGGUCGAAUGUGUGAAAAAGACAUCGAUGAAUGUGUACUGGGUACCCAUGUGUGUCACGUGAAUGCAACGUGUUCCAAUACCAUCGGAGGUCACCAAUGUGUUUGCAAGAAUGGUUUCCAAGGCAACGACUAUACGUGUGAUGACAUUGAUGAGUGUACCUCAGGUGUCCAUGGAUGCAGCGAGCAUGAAACUUGUACUAACUUUCCUGGAGGACACAAUUGUACUUGCAAGAGUGGUUUCUAUGGUGAUGUCAAAGUAUGCAACAUUCUUGCGUGUGAGAAAAGUGUCUUGAAUAUGUCGUGCCCAAAUGGGAAGCUUCUUAGUAUCAAAUGGGCUCUAUAUGGUCGCUCUUCCAAAGACGUCUGCCCUCAUCCUUUCAUGGCGGUGCCUUGCGGAGACGAAUCCAGUUCGUUAAUCAAGGUGAAAGAGCUGUGUGAAGGAAAGCAGUCCUGUUCUUUUACUGCUGGUACUGGCACCUUUGGCAAUGACCCUUGCAAGCGCCACUACAAGUACACGGAAGUAAAAUAUUUAUGCCAAGCGUCGUAAACGUGCAUGAAGGCCCUGUUUCAAGACGCAAUUUUACUUGUAACUUGCAAUGCAAUGUUGUAAAGGGCAGAAAAAGUUGCCAUAGACGAGCUUCUGAUUUCCGCAACGUUGCAAAGCAAGUUGCAGCGUGUAACACCUAUGCCGCGAGCUGGAAUGCAAUCACUGUCGCAAAUAACCAACCAAAGCACAGCUCUUCCAUAUCCCCGUUGACAACAGACCAAGAAAGCGUUAUCUUGCGUUGCAAGUCGCGAAAAAAGUUGCACGCGUCUGACAUCUCAACUGCAACUUGCAAUACUCUGCUCUCGUUAUCAUUGCAUUGCAAAUUGCAAGAAAGACUGAUUCGUGUUACAGGGCCUUAAGGUGUCUGGUUACUUUUGAACCUUCGAUUUGAGCCCACGAUGAGUGCGCGCUCAAAAACCGCUGAAUAAUCUACACGAUUUUUUUGAAGAACCAUACACGUUUUGAAC